AAAGGCCCGGCGGACCAAUGGCACGGCGCGGCAUUUGGCGGGCAGCCAGCGUCGCAGCUGUCUGGUGACGGUGGCGACAGUAAAGAUGCUUAAAGAAAUACAGCAGGUUUUACGGCUGCUCAUGCUUUUGAGGAAGCAGAGAGUGCAACAGGGUUUGAAGUCUGCAGGCGGACUCUUGGUCCUGCUGUGGACUGGACCCGGUCCUGCUGACCAAAACUGCUCUGUGGCGGGUGCGGGCCCCUGGUGUUCAGGUAUUAAAACGGAGACUCUCCAACCUGUCCUCACAGAAUUGCAUCAGAAACUGUCUCCCUGUGCGGGCCCCUUCCCCGAACCUGACCCAGAGGAACUGUGUGCCUUUGCUGAUCUGCACGGUUCCCUCCGAGUCCUCCUCUCCUUUCAGGUUAGAGGACAGUUCAGUGCAGAGAGGCGUGCUCAUUUAGAGGCUUUCCUCCACAGAUUCAGUCUGGCCAACACAGAGGUCAAAAUCUACCUUUCUUUCAAAUCAGAUGAGGAGAUCUGCCAACGUGUAUUUAGCGUCACAAUUAAGAGCAGACUUUUGCUGAAAGGCCAGCCCCCACUGACUUUGGAUGUUACCUGCAAAAAACAGCCUCCAGUGUGUGUUGGGAGAGGAGCCUGGUGUCAGGGAGGCCACCCUGUCUUUGGAGCCAGGUUGCCACUCAGUAUCCCUCCAGAAGCCAUGGACCACGGCCUGUAUGGGGAGCUCAGCCUCCAGCUCGUCACCCUGCUCAGCCCCUGUGUGCUGCAGUACCCCAACCUGGCAACCCAUCUCGCUCACAUACAAGUGUUGGUGUACAACCCCAGUAAUGUUCCUGUGCUCGGCCCCUCGGCCUUCCUCCACCAGCUGCCUGCUCGUCUGGACUGUGAGGAGCUCGGCCUGCAGGGCCUCCGUUACUCCUCCUGCACGGAUCUUGUAGACAGCUGUGGCACUGUGUACACUGUAGAGCAUGGAAACUAUGCCGAGCCACAACAGGAACGGAGUCCAGCCCCCGUGCAGCAGGGUCUCUCACUUUUCCUCUUCCUCCAGCACAGUGACCCAUUUACCUCCCAGCUAUCUGAUGUUAUGGCCACAGAGGAGCUGUUAGAGCACCACCUAGAGGCUAUUCUGAACAACAACAGGCGGGCAGUGACAGAGGCCCUGCAGGCCGAGCUGAAGAACACACUUAAAGCCCAAAGUCAGAGAAGCAAGGACCAGGAGAAGCUGAACUCGGCCUUUGAGGUGAUGCUCAGCUCUGCUAUGAGUAUCAUAACCAGCAGCAGCAACAUGAACUUCAGGACUGCCUGCCUAGACAGCAUGAAGGUACGUGGUACUCAUGAACUACCAGCAUCUCUCCAUGGGUCACUGAGGAGGGUGUCAUCGUGGAAGUUCACUCCCAGGAGCAGGUGCUUCUCUGCCCAGGUGGAGAAAACCCCUGAUAGUAGGGAGCCCUCCAGCAAUGAGAUCUGAUCACAUCUGCUUUUUAUUUGAGAAGGUCUUGGAGUGAAUACUGUGGAAGCAAUACUUCUUGGUGUGGAUAUUGUUUGCAAGUUAAGGUGUGGUGUUGCUGUGUGUGAAACAAUGUGUAGAUAACUGAAAUGUCUGUUAUAACUAUGAAAUAUAUUUAUUUUUAUUGCUUACACUGUGUUGUGUGUUACAGUGGAAUUCAUUGUCAUAACCAGUUUCCCAGACAUG